AUUUCUGAUGAGAAGAAGGUAUUUAGCAGUUUAUAUUAAAAAUAAUUGCACUUCCAAUGUUCUGUUGUACUUGUUGGGAGACCAGAUAUAGAGGAAUGCAGGUGGUUACGGGGAGAGCGGAUAUAGUGAAUGGUCCUGGGAGAGCAGAUAUAGUGAAUGCGGGGAGAGCGGAUAUAGUGAAUGCGGGGUCCGGGGAGAGCGGAUAUAGUGAAUGCGGGGUCCGGGGAGAGCGGAUAUAGUGAAUGGGGGUCCGGGGAGAGCGGAUAUAGUGAAUGCGGGAGAGCGGAUAUAGUGAAUGCGGGGUCCGGGGAGAGCGGAUCAUAGUGAAUGCGGGAGUCCGGGGUGAGAGCGCGCUAUAUAGUGAAUGCGGGGUCCGGGGAGAGCGGAUAUAUGAAUGCGGGGUCCGGGAGAGAGCGGAUAUACGUGAAUGCGGGGUCCGGGAGAGACGAGCGGAUUAUAGUGAAUGCGGGGUCCGGGGAGAGCGGAUAUAGUGAAUGCGGGGUCCGGGGGGGCGGGAGA